GUAACUACAUGAACUGUUCCGUGAAGGGGGCGACGGAAGUGACCGGCUUUCAACUGAGUUUUCUGACUAAGCUCACGGGGACCAAAACACAGGACAACAAAGGCACUCUGCUGGACUUCCUGAGCGAGAUGCUGACCAAAAAAGGAAUCACGCCCACGAGCUUGGAAGACGAAAUCCCUAAUG